AGCUCUUGCCUCCGGGGCGCGCCGCUUGGCGAACCUUUCCCCCCGUGCGCUAUCAAAGCGCGCCGCCACGGGGGCCCCCGUGGUUUUCUGUUGCCCGCCGACCUGCGCAUGCGUCUGUCCAUCUGGCCGGCAGGCGCCGCAGCGUCAAAGCAGGCAGCGCGACAGCAGUAGGCUGUG